AUGAGCUCUUCAGCAAUUAGUAAUAUCUCUCUUUUCACCCAAAAAUAUACAUUCUAUACUAGUCUUAUUAUAUUUUGUAUUGGAUUUAUUGGAAAUUUAAUCAAUAUUCUUAUUUUUACUACAUUAAAACUCUUUCGAAAUAAUCCAUCUAUACUCUACUUUACAGCUGAAUCAAUUGCAAAUACAAUACAAUUAAUCUUAUUUUUUCUUAUGAAUAUUUUAAUACAGGUCAAUGAAACUGAUCCAGCUAAUUUAUCACUUUUCUGGUGUAAAUUUCGUGGUAUGAUGAUUUCAUUAUGUACACUUGUCUCAUUUUCUACAAUAUGUUUUUCUGCUUCUCAUCAAUAUCUUUCUACAAGUCAUCACUUCUAUUUAAGACAAUUAUCUACAGUUAAAUUAGCAAGAUUUCUUAUAUUGACAUCAGUUAUUAUUUCAAUGUUACAAACCAUACCAUUUGGUAUAUUUAUCGAAAUCCAAGCAUCUGUUUGUGCUAUAUUCAAUCAAAAUAUGUUGAAUUAUAUAUCUUACUUUUAUUAUCCAGUUCUAUCUGGACUUUUACCUGUUCUUAUUGCAUCAGCAUUUAGUAUUUUAGCAUAUAAUAAUGUUCGACGAAUAGUUCGAAAACAAAUGCCAGUAGUUCGACGAAGACUUGAUCAACAAUUAACCGCAAUGAUCCUUAUUCGUAUCAUAGUAUUUAUUGUUUUAACAUUACCAUAUGAUAUUCAAAGAAUGUAUACAUAUAUUGCAAAAGUCGAUCAAUCAAAUCAACUUUAUUAUGCAAUCAUCAAUCUCAUUGGAUCAAUUUUAGUAACAUUGUUUAAUUUAAACUAUGCAGUAUCUUUUUACGUAUUUCUCACAACAUCUGUACGAUUUCGUCGACAAGUGAAACGUGUUCUAGUGAAGAAAUGUUGGGGACAAUGCAAACGAUGUUUUUUUAAUAAUAACAAUAAAGUUCAUCCAUUUGGCAUGAGAGGGUCACUUACUUCUAGUGUAGUGGUACAAUAA